AUGGCCGAUGCUAGGACGUUGUGUGAUGAAUCCAAAGAAGGGAGCUCAAUCGACAACCCUAUUAUUAUCGACGACGACGAAUGGUCUUUCCAGCAGUGCAUAUCAAAGCCAGAUGAUUCUGAUGGGGACACUGAGCCGUUGACUACGCCAGAAUUCGAGGCGUAUUUCAGUGAUAGACGGUUCCACCUUCCACAGGGCAACUCUGAAUGCCCAGUGACGGAACCGACUUCUGUGCUGGCUCCAAACAAACUUACACAUAAUCAAGGCUUUGAUUUCCCUGUGUCUGACCUGACUACUUGCACUCAUGUAAAAGAGGAAAGACCUGAAUCCGCUAAAACUGCCGCAGGUGAUGGAAGUACGAGCCUCACAAGACAGGAAUGGAAGCUGUUAUUGGACAGCAGAGGGUCCGGCAUCUUGUGGUAA